CACGCUUUAUCCAAUAUGGCGCUAUUCAUAUGCACACAAAAAAUUUGCGCUAGAAGUAGGGCAUUCACUAUCCAGUUAUAAUAUUAAGUUAAAAUAUAAAAGUUCAAUUAAAAUAUAAAAAAGUUAUAAUAUAAAGUUAAAAUAUAAAAGUCCAGUUAAAAUAUAAAAAAAAAAAUCAGUGAUUUAUAUGUCCAUGUCGAGGACAAAAAGCGGGACACCUCCACAUAUAUUCUAAUUUAUCAAUAAUGGAUACAAUUACGAUGGAUCUUUACGAAAUGCUUGGUGUGGAGCAUCAAGCUCCACUUGCAGAGAUUAAAAGAGCGUAUCGUAAGAAAGCCUUAACUUGUCAUCCUGACAAAAAUCCUGAUAAUCCAAGAGCAGUGGAAUUAUUUCGCGAACUCUCAAAAGCAUUAGAAAUAUUAACGGAUACAAAAGCUAGAGCUGCAUAUGAUAAAGUUAUUACUGCCAGAAAACAAGCGGCAGAACGCGUUAAAGAAUUUGAUGUGAAGAGAAAAAAAUUAAAGGAAGAUUUGGAGGCACGCGAAGAGGCUUACAAGAGAUCAUUGGAUCCUACAUAUAACACCAAAUCCGAUGAGGAACGAUUGAAAGCUGAAAUAGAAAGAUUGCAAAAAGAAGGAUCCAAACAAGUAGAGGAGGAGAUAGCCUUUGUACAAAGGCAAAUUUGGAAACAAUUUCAUUCCUCAGAAGAUUCUAACAUAGAAGAUUUUAGAAUAAAAAUUAGAUGGAAGGCACAAAAAGACGAUCCAACAAAUGGUGGAUACAACCAUGAUAAUCUACAUAGAAUAUUUUCAAAAUAUGGAGACAUAGCAGCUCUUGUUGUGUCAUCUACAAAAAAAGGCAGAGCAAUGGUUGAAUUUGGAAAUAAAAGUGCAGCAGAAACAGCUCUUUUAAUAGAGAUUGGAUUAGUCGAGAACCCCCUAAUACUUCGUGGUUUAUGGGAUACAACGAAACAUUCAACUACUACAAAAAGUACAAAUUCUAGUAUUGGACAACCGUUUUCUGUAAAUACACCUUUGAAAAGUAAAAUAAGUUCAUCUCUGAGUUUUGCUUCUGCACCUGAUAUAUUCACGCAGCAGGCAACAAUGUCAGAUGCAGAAUUUGAAAGUUCUGUAUUAUCUAAUUUAAGAAGAGCAGAGAAACGCAAACAGUUAUUAGAAGAAUUAAAGGCACAGGAAGGAACUUAAUUUCAUCUUCAAUUAUAUUCAAUUAUAUCAUAUUUGGAUAUCUUCGCUAUAUUUAUUUUUUCUAUGAGAGAUUAUAUAUUGAUAGUAA